AAGUACUUGACUAAAUUCGAACAUUCGAUUCUGAAACCAAAAACACAAAGAAGAAGAAAAACCGAAAGCAGAGAAAGCUAAGAAAGUAAAAUGGUACCUACGAGGCUGAAGCAAGAAGGCAAACAGCAGAACGAGGAAAGCCACCCUCCAAACUUGGCACAAACGAGCGAGAGCGGGAAGCUGUCGAUGACGGGGAACGAGAGAGUUGCCGUUCAAGCUUCCCAUUCUCGUCGUUUCAAGAAACGCAAGCAAGUUAAGUUGAAGCGAAGUACAGGGAAGCGCAGGGAAAAUGCCAUUAUCAGUCCUCUAGUCAAGAAGUACUGGUUACAAAGAUAUCACCUGUUCUCGAGGUAUGAUGAAGGCGUCAAAUUGGAUGAGGAAGGGUGGUAUUCCGUCACUCCUGAGGAGAUUGCUGUCCGACAUGCGGAGAGAUGUCGUGGAAGAACCGUGAUUGAUUGCUUUGCUGGUGUUGGUGGCAAUGCCAUUCAGUUUGCUAUACUAUGUCACCAUGUUGUUGCAAUUGAUAUUGAUCCUCAAAAAAUUGAAUUGGCUUUUCAUAAUGCCAAAAUAUAUGGGGUAGAAGACCGUAUUGAUUUCGUUGUUGGGGACUUCUUCCAACUCGCUCCAUCACUGAAGGGUGAUAUUGUUUACCUUUCACCUCCGUGGGGUGGCCCAUCAUACAAAAUGAUUCGGCAGUUUAAUCUUGAUCUGCUCAAGCCAAAAGACGGCUAUUCAGUAUUUCAAGCUGCUCAGAGGAUAACACCAAACAUCAUCAUGUUUCUUCCCCGCAACAUGGACUUAAACCAAGUGGAAGAGCUCUCUUGGCUUUCUUCUCCUCCUUUACACGUUGAGAUUGAAGAAAAUUACGUGGAUGGCAAAUUCAAGGGCAUAACUGCAUACUUCAAUGAUGUUACAUCAAGGCAGGCCUGACCGUCAUGCUCUCCCAGGCCGUUGCCAUGGCUAACUUGUUAAAUAUUCGACUAGUAAUUUUUUUUAACCAGAGCAUAGUAUUUCGGUUCCAUGAGGCUAAUGCUCAGAGAAUUUUGUCAGCAGUUCAUGACCAAGUAGAAUUUGACAUGCCUGGCCGAGAAUAGAUUUUUCCUCGA